GGAGGGAGAGAGCAAAAGAGGAACGAACGAGCAAGCGAGAGAUAGAGAAAAAGAGAGAUAGAUGCAUGUUAACGAAUCAAGGAGCAACGUGACAGACACAGCAUUGACAAGCGGCACAAAUACGUUUUCAUAGAUAGCCUUAUGGCCAUAGUGUCAAUUACAAUCGGUCACAGGACAUGGAUGGAGAAAAAAUAAAACUGUUUCAGGAUAAAGCAACUUUUAGUUAUGGAACAACUAUUUUAUCAAAUAAUAAUGAAAUAGAUAAUAAAAAUACUUCGACAAAAAAAGUUAUUUUCUGUGUCCAUGGGAAAUUAUCUGGAUGCUGCACGCUUCUCAAAGGUGAACCUGAAGAAGAAUGUGUAUUUAUUGAUUAUAGACAAAACUCUACAUAUCUCGAAGAUCAUUGUCAUAUGGAGAGAAAUGAGGAAAUUGAUAAAACAGCUAGAAGAAAGUUAACUAUUGCCAGUGUAUUGUGUGUAAUAUUUAUGAUAAUGGAAAUAGUGGGUGGUAUUUGGUCAAAUAGUUUAGCAAUUGCAACAGAUGCGGCUCACUUACUUACAGAUUUUGCAUCAUUUAUGAUUUCACUAUUUUCGAUAUGGGUAUCGAAUAGACCUCCAACUAAAAAAAUGCCUUUUGGAUGGUAUAGAGCAGAAGUUAUAGGAGCUUUGACAUCGGUUUUAUUGAUAUGGGUAGUUACAGGAAUCCUUUUUUUUCUUGCAAUAGAACGAAUAAUCAAUAAGAAUUUCGAACUCGAUGCUCCCAUUAUGUUAAUCACUUCUGCAGUUGGAGUUGCCAUUAAUUUAAUAAUGGGUAUGAUACUCCAUCAACAUGGUCAUGGUGGAUACAGCCACACACAUAAUUACAGUUACGACCAUGAUCAUAAUCAAGAAAAAAAUGUAAUAGAAACGAAAAUGAAGCAAAUUAUAAAUAAUAAGAAUGGAGAAGAAAAUUUAGUCACCAUGAUUGAUAAGCAUAAUAAAAAUAAUAUCAAUGUUAAAGCAGCCUUUGUCCAUGUUCUUGGUGACUUCAUUCAGAGCACAGGAGUUUUUAUUGCAGCAAUUGUUAUCUAUUUUAAGCCAGCAUGGAAUAUAGUAGAUCCAAUUUGUACAUUCUUAUUUUCCAUUUUGGUGAUACUCACAACAAUUGCCAUUGUUAAGGAUGUCAUGAACGUUUUAAUGGAAGGUAUUCCAAAAGGAUUUGAUUAUUCUCAAGUGGAAAAUACAUUUAUACAAAUUGAUGGAGUAAUUAAAGUUCAUAAUUUGAGAAUAUGGGCUCUUUCAUUGGAUAAAACGGCACUUUCUGCUCAUCUUGCCAUCAAAUCUGGAGUCAGUCCUCAAACAAUAUUACGUACAGCUACGAGAAACAUUCAUGAAAAGUAUAACUUUUUCGAGAUGACAUUACAAAUUGAGGAGUUCAAUGAAAAGAUGAAGAAUUGUAAACAAUGCAAACCACCCACAUAAUAAACACUCUGUUAUAUAUGAAUAUUUCACUUUUCUAUAUUUGAUAUAUUUUAUCAGAUAAAUUAACA